AUGGAUUGGAAGGUCAUUACAAUUCUUAACAUUGCGCUAUGCGUAACUGCACUUCCUAAACGGGCUGCUGUCUCCGAACAGAAAUUCAUCAAAUAUCUGAGCAAGAGUGAAGAGAAGAUAUACGAGAAACCUAAAAGUAAUGAGCAUCAUGAGGAAUAUGUCGGAUCGUAUCCCUCAUACGAGUUCUCAUAUAAAGUGUCCGAUCCUCACACCCACGAUUUUAAAGGACAACAGGAAAAGCGAUUCGGGGACAAAGUAAACGGAGACUACUGGCUCAUAGAACCAGAUGGUCGUAAACGACUAGUCAAGUACCACGCAAACGAUAAUAUAGGAUUCAAUGUACUCAUUGAUUAUUCACAAAAAGGACGCCAAGAAGAAAAGAGAGAAGGAGAACAAAAAGAAGAAAAUGUCGAAUCACAACCCGAAGCCAAACAAGAGAAGAAGAAGGAGAGAAGUUGGCGGGUAAUUCACGAAUACAAGAAAAAUAAAAAUUCCAACAAGGCUUCUCAAGAGGAUAAUAAAGCAACUUCGCAAGAAACAGGAUCUGGUUCUAAAGAAACGAGUCAGACUCAAAAGGGUCGUAGGAAUAAAUUACAGAAGAGCGAGGAAAGAGAGCAAGAAGAGGUUUCACAAAAGGCUGAAGAAAACUCUGGAGAAAGACGCAAAGAAUCUCGUUGGAAUAAGAAGAAAGAAAAAUCAAGCAAACAAGAAGCCAAAGGAAAUUCCAGAGAACAAAGUGCAGCUGAGCCUGUAAAAAGUGAAGAAAACAGCGGUGAAAAAUUAUGGUUUUACAUACCCAAGAAAUUUUUGAGAAAGGGUUAUGAAGUUAAAGAACAAGUCAAAGAGGCUGAGGAAGUUAAAAGACAGUCAUCUGAAGGUGCCGCUGAAGGUGCCGUUGAAGGUUCUGCUGAAGGUGCCGCUGGGAGUGCAGAAGCGGCUGCCAACGCAAGUGGUGAGAACGGCGGCGAAGGAUCGGCGGAAAAUGCAGAAAACGCAGAAUCAGACACGGAACGUAGGAGUAAUGAAAACGAAAGCGCUGAAAAUAAGGAGGAAAGAGAAUAUGGAUAUAAGUCCUAUAUCUAUCACAUACGCCACUGA